AUGAUCAAAGUGAUUGACCGGAUCAUAAACAACGUAACACAAGACGACAAAUACUGUAUCCGAUGGAACUUUACAUCCAAAGCAGAUGAUCUAGAUUUUGCAGAUAUUGUAGAAAAUAGAAAAAAGCGCCAUGCAACAGAUAUUUCCAGGAAAGACACCUACAAAAAUUUAAUUGGUCAUGGUGGAUCUUUAAUAGACAACAAGGCUUAUGGUCCUGAUUCUACAAUAGCUGGGAUUCUAGCCGGAAUGUUUGUGAAAAGAAAUGGAAUUGAGAGAUCGCCGCACGUGGAUUUUCAGCAUAGUGGAAGGUUUCGAGGACAACAGCUUGAUUCACACAGAUUUACACACAGACAAAGAGUACGGCUAGGACUUGAAUCAGAAAAAUCUAAGGAUUUCAAAAAACGCAGGAAAAGAAAUUUCAUGGUGCCAGAUCAACUGUGGACAAAAGGCAUCGUUCCUUUCCAGCUGGACUCAAAUCUCUCUCCCGACUCAAGAGAUGUUAUCAGCACAGGUAUCGAAAUGAUGAAUAAUUUGACCUGUGUAAGAUUUUCUUCUCUGGGAACCCCAUUGGCCAACUCCGUUACCCAUGGCAACUACGUCCGCAUUUUCAGUGGGUCUGGUUGUUGGUCAUACGUCGGUAUGAUUGGAUGGGGACAACAGGGGUUAAGUUUACAAGACCCAGGAUGCAUCAGUGUAGCUACAGCCGUUCAUGAAAUGUGCCACGCCCUUGGAAUGUGGCACGAGCAGAACCGAAGAGACAGGGACUCAUACGUCGAACUCUAUGGUGACAACAUUAGAGGCGGUGGGAUAAACAACAUUAAUUUUAGAGCACUAGAUACCAGACUGACAUACCCAUAUGACAUAUCAUCCGUUCUUCAGUAUAGUCUUGGCGCUUUUGCCAUCGACAGCAGUAAACCGACAAUGCGCUCCAAGGAUCCGAGACUGGCAUUCUUGGCCGACAAAGCCAAAGGUCUAAUGUACUAUGACGCGCGGGAAAUUACUACAGCCUACAGAUGCACACUAGGGUGCAACAACCCACCUCAAUGUGAAAAUGGCGGAUAUGUAAACCAGAACUGUCGAUGCCAAUGUCCUUCGGGAUUAACAGGCAGCACGUGCUCGUCUGUCAGGUCACGUGAAGGUUGUGGAGGUGUGAUAUCAUUAUCGAUAAACGAAGAACAAACGAUUACAUCAUCAAACUAUCCCCACAAUUACAAUGUAGGAGAAGAGUGCGUCUGGCUGGUGAAGGCACCUAGCUAUCGACACAUACAGAUGACGAUAGAUUUUAUGGAUCUUUCAGACAACGGUUUCGAUGCUUGCUAUCAUUGGCUGGAAGUUCGUUAUAACCUCAUGGGACAAGAUGGUCCCGAACUAUGCGGUCUGCGAAAAGCUGAAAGAUUCUACACAACACCAGACGAGUUAAAGAAUGUGAUGAUCUUAAAGUUCAAUACAGCUGUUUCAAGCGAUAAACCAGCAUCUAAAGGAUUUCACCUGACAGUCAGAAGUAUAGGGGCAAGUUGCAUUGACCAUCCCUGCAAGUUUGGCAAAUGUUUGAACACUGACACGUCAUACAGGUGUGAAUGUCACGCUGGGUUUUCUGGAACUAACUGUGAUCAAGUCAGUGAUGAGUCCAUGAAUAUGUAUGCCAACUUUGAUGACCAUGGAUUAACGUUUUUACAAAAUGUUGCAGGAGACACGUUUGACUGGACCCUGAACUCAGAUUCAACCCCUUCUUCAAAUACGGGACCAAGAUUCGCUCAUUCGGGGAAAUAUUACAUGUACAUUGAGACGUCUAUGCCCAGGACGCAGGGAGAUACUGCAAUCUUAAGUACCAAAGUUGUCCGAUUUUCUAAUGCACAGGAACGAUGCCUGAAGUUUUAUUAUCAUAUGUCCGGCUCUACUACUGGUUCAUUAUCCGUGUACUUCAGUGGUACAGGAACUGUAAAAACUCUGGCUUUUACAAAAUCUAAUGAUCAUGGCAACGAGUGGAUACCGGCUGAGGUCAACAUUCCCGCAGUGCAGAACUUACAGAUCAGUUUUGAGGGAGUGAGAGGGUCAGGAUACACGGGAGAUAUUGCGAUUGAUUCUGUAGAACUUACGAGUCGUAACUGUUCGUAUGCUGCAGUUACUGUUCAACCUUCCAUGACUACUGUCGACGACACGUCCACCGAGGAUAGUAAUAUCACCAAUAAUAUUGAGACUACGCCCAACAAACAAGUCCCGACUUCUACCACAAAGCCAAGAAUAGCACUGUCUUCCAAUGUGACAUGCGGAUUUGAAAUUGGAGCCAGCUGUUUUGUGGAGAAUAUUGCGCCAAAACAAGUUCAAAAGAAAGAUGGAACCAUGGUAGAAUUACAAAUGGAUGAUUUUGACUGGACAGUGGGACAUUCGGGUCCAACUUCAUCCUCUAAUACAGGACCAACUGAAGCAUACAGAGGACUUCGAUAUGCUUUCAUUGAAUCGUCUAGUCCGAGACGAAUGGGCGACAGAGCUGUUCUAAGAACUAUUGGUACUCUCGGAGAAACAACCCAGUGUCUCAGCUUUUCGUACCACAUGUACGGGACUCUGAAUGGAAUGGGAACACUGAGCGUCUACUAUACCGGAAGUAAAGGAAUGGUCAACAGGAUAUUCAAACGAUCAGGAAAUCAAGGAAAUUCAUGGAACAGAGUUGCUGUAGAAAUCCCGCCAACAAACGGACUUCAAAUAUAUUUUGAGGGCGUCUGCGGAUCAAAUUACAGAGGCGACAUAGCCAUUGAUGACGUCAUCCUGAGCGAGGGGAUAUGUGGAUGCGCAGGGGAACCUUGUCGACAUGGUGGAAGGUGUGAUUCUGACGGAGUAGCCGGAUACACGUGUGCCUGUGUCGGUGCUUACGGGGGCAACAACUGUGAACUCUUAGUCAAUUUUACCACGUGCACGUUUGAAAACGGAAUCUGUUCUUUUCUAUCUCAAUCGAAAGACGAUGAUGCAGACUGGAGCGUUGGAAUGUCUACGCCAAGUGCUAACACAGGUCCACAGACACCGCUGGAUGGCAAUUUUGCUUAUACAGAAUCCACAUUUAAAAGCCGAGGAACUACCUAUAUAUUAAGCACUGGUGGAACUCAGUUAGCUAACCAAAACUGGUGUUUGUCCUUUGAUUACUGUAUGUAUGGAUGGAACAUGGGGGUCCUUGCCGUGAGAUCCGGGUCCUCCGGAGGAGCAGUAUUGUACCGUUGGUAUACGUUUGGUGAAAAGGGUUCACAGUGGCAAUCCCAGAGAGUCUCUAUUGCAGCUGCUCCAAGACUGGUGAUUGAGUUUUUGGCAAUCAGAGGAUGGGGAUAUCGAAGUGAUAUUGCCAUAGAUAACGUGUCACUGACUCCUGGAUCAUGUUCCUGACAAACGGAACUACUCAACAUUGAUGCACUUCCGGUGACAUGUUGAAAGAUAACAGAUAUAACCAACAGUUUUCUUGUCUUAAAACUAGUACAAUCGUCAAAGUGCCAGCAACUGAACAGCAUCACGACCAAACAACUUGCCGAUUUCAUGCAUACAAAACUUUUUAAAAUUCUUUAUUGCUGUUAUUGUUGCAUCUAAAAAGAUUCUCUAUGAUUUUUUGGAUAUAUUGUUAUUAUGAAAACACAACAGUUAAACUUUAGAUCAUGGUAUAAGUAAUUUGAAA